AAUCUUCUAAAAUCUUCUUCAUGUUCACUGAGAGUGAGAGACAGCCAUGGAAAGCCUGAAGCUUCCCUGCUCGCUUCCUAGUUUCCAUGGCGGGAACUCUCUACUUCCACUUCCUACAUCUUCAAGCUUUCCUCCCAAAUCAAACUUUUCAAUUCACCCAAAUCGCAAACCUGCGCUCUCGCCUGGCUUUAUUACAAGAACCAUACAAAUUUUUCCUCCCAGUAUCUUUUGCUCCAAGCAUAAUGUGUUUAAAGAAGCAUUGGGCAUGCAGUUUUGUAGAAGCACAUCAGUAAUGUUCUUCUUACUACAUCGCUUCUCAGCAUCUGUACAGCCCGUGACAGAACAGUCAACAGAGGAUAAGUCCAAUGAUGUUAGUGGGGAUUCCAUACGCCGUCGAUUUCUUGAAUUUUAUGCUUCCCGUGGUCACAAGGUUCUUCCAAGUUCAUCUCUUGUACCAGAUGAUCCUACAGUUCUAUUGACAAUCGCAGGGAUGCUUCAAUUUAAACCUAUUUUUCUUGGGAAGGUUCCGAGGCAGGUACCUUGUGCUACAACUGCACAAAGGUGCAUACGUACAAAUGAUGUGGAGAAUGUCGGUCGAACGGCUCGUCAUCAUACAUUUUUUGAGAUGCUUGGAAACUUCAGUUUUGGAGAUUACUUCAAGAAGGAAGCAAUUAGAUGGGCAUGGGAACUUUCAACUGUAGAGUAUGGGUUACCAGCUGACAGAUUAUGGGUGAGUGUUUAUGAAGAUGAUGAUGAAGCUUUUGCAAUCUGGCAUGAUGAGGUUGGUGUUCCUGUAGAGCACAUAAAGAGGAUGGGUGAAGAUGACAACUUCUGGACAAGUGGAGUUACUGGUCCAUGUGGUCCUUGCUCAGAGCUCUACUAUGAUUUCCUUCCUGAGAGGGGACAUGCAGAUGCUGAUCUGGGAGAUGACGCAAGGUUUAUAGAAUUUUACAAUCUGGUUUUCAUGCAAUACAACAAAAAGGACGAUGGCUCACUUGAGCCCUUAAAGCAGAAGAAUAUAGAUACUGGACUUGGCCUGGAACGUAUGGCUCGCAUCCUUCAGAAGGUUCCAAACAAUUAUGAGACUGACUUGAUCUAUCCGAUCAUAGAGAAAGCCUCAGAAUUGGCUAAUGUUUCAUAUCAGCAUACGGAUAAUCGUUCAAAAAUGCAUCUUAAAAUCAUAGGAGAUCAUUUGCGUGCAAUUGUAUAUCUCAUAUCAGAUGGGGUGGUCCCAUCAAAUAUUGGGAGAGGUUAUGUAGUUCGGCGUCUCAUCAGAAGGGCUGUUCGUACUGGCAGGUUGCUUGGUAUAAAGGGAGAUGGCAGGGGAAACACUGAUGGAGCAUUUUUACCAUCCAUUGCAGAAAAAGUAAUAGAAUUAAGCACUGAUGUCGAUGUGGAUGUAAAAGAUAGAGCACCCCGCAUUCUUGAGGAGUUGAAAAGGGAAGAACUUCGGUUUGUGCAGACACUGGAAAGAGGAGAAAAGUUGCUUGACCAAAUGCUAGCAGAUGCAUUAUUAAGUGCAGAACAGAAUAAAACUGUUCCUUGCUUGUCCGGCAAAGAUGCAUUUCUUUUGUAUGAUACAUUUGGGUUUCCAGUAGAGAUAACCACAGAAGUAGCUGAAGAACAAGGUGUGAGUAUAGAUAUGAGCAGCUUUGAUAUAGAAAUGGAAAACCAAAGGCGGCAAUCUCAAGCUGCACAUAAUGUUGUUAAACUUGAGGUUGGGGAUAGUGGAGAUCUUGCUGAAGAUGUUCCUGACACUGAAUUUCUUGGAUAUGAAACUCUUUCUGCCAGAGCAGUAGUUGAAAGCCUUUUACUGAAUGGCAAAUCAGUUAUACAGGUUUCCGAGGGAAGUGAUGUUGAAAUUUUGUUGAACAAAACACCAUUUUAUGCUGAAUCUGGUGGUCAAAUUGGAGAUAAUGGGUUUUUGUAUGCUACCAAGGGUGAAAAUCAACAGACGGCAAUUGUGGAGAUAAAAGAUGUCCAAAAAUCUUUAGGAAACAUAUUUGUUCACAAAGGUACCAUCAAAGAAGGAGUUCUAGAGGUUGGAAAAGAAGUGGAAGCUGCAGUGGAUGCAAGACUGAGACAGCGAGCUAAGGUUCAUCACACUGCUACUCACUUGCUACAAGCUGCACUGAAGAAAGUUAUUGGUCAGGAAACAUCACAGGCUGGUUCAUUGGUUGCCUUUGACCGUCUCAGGUUUGAUUUCAACUUCCACCGACCGCUUCUUGACAGUGAGCUCGUGGAAAUUGAAGAACUGAUCAAUAGAUGGAUUGGGGAUUCUACGCUUCUUCAAACCAAAGUGAUGCCUCUUGAUGAUGCAAAAAGAGCUGGGGCUAUUGCCAUGUUUGGAGAAAAAUAUGGAGAAGAGGUAAGGGUUGUAGAAGUUCCGGGUGUAUCCAUGGAACUUUGUGGAGGAACUCAUGUUAGCAAUACUUCUGAAAUACGUGGCUUCAAAAUAAUUUCAGAACAGGGUAUUGCAUCUGGAGUCAGGCGUAUAGAAGCUGUAGCUGGCGAAGCUUUUAUUGAAUAUGUCAAUGCCAGAGAUUAUCACUUGAGACAUCUUUGCUCUACUCUUAAAGUGAAAGCUGAAGAUGUAACAUCCAGAGUGGAAAAUCUCCUGGAAGAAUUACGAACUACCAGAAAUGAACUUUCUUCUUUGCGUGAAAAAGCAGCACUUUUCAAAGCCUCAAUUGUUGCAAACAAGGCAUUUCCAGUGGGAACUUUGAAAGAGAUCAGGGUACUGGUUGAGUUCAUGGACGACACUGAUGCAGAUUCACUAAAAAGUGCAGCUGAAUAUCUUGUAGACACGCUACAGGAUCCAGCAGCUGUAGUACUGGGCUCAUGUCCAGGUGAAGGAAAGGUGAGUUUAGUCGCUGCAUUCACACCAGCAGUUGUUGAUUUGGGAAUACAAGCAGGGAAGUUUAUAGGGCCAAUAGCUAAGUUGUGCGGUGGGGGAGGGGGUGGCAGACCAAACUUUGCUCAAGCAGGUGGGAAGAAGCCUGAAAAUUUAUCAACUGCUCUUGAAAAGGCUCGAUCAGAGCUUAUCGCAGUUCUAUCCAAAAAGGCAAGCUGAUACUCAUCUGCCAUCUCUUGGCUUGUUUUUGUGAAAAUUCCUCGUGGCUACUGGCUCGUUUACAUAGGACGACAAUGCUUGCAAAGGUUCAAAAGCAACUCUGUCCUCAAAAUGGCUUGGAAAUUCAUACUCUCAUUUUUCCAAAUACAGAAACGGACUCAAGGAAUUCAGACAUCACUUUUCUAACAUACAAAAAUUGGACUAACUUAUGACAAUAUUUCCUUUUUUCCGGCAGGACUAGAGAAAAUAGAUAUAGAACACAUGUAAGUAUUAUUUCUUUAGUUGAAAUGAUUUGGUUCUGAUGACUGGAUGAACUUAAGAGUGAGCCAAUCCAUUUUUUCAACUCCAUUUUAGUAAAAGCUUUUUGAGUUGGGGCA